CCUUCCGGCUUUCCUUAUCUUUCCCAGAGCUGUUUUCUCUCUCUCUCUCUCUCUCUCUUCUGUUGUUGUAGACUUGGUGUUAGGUGUCUGGUGGGUCGUAUCUGUAACUUCCAUGGCUACGGAAGAGGUGAAUAAGCCUUCUUCACACCCUCAGUAUUCUGAGAUGAUAUUUGCAGCUAUCGCUGCCUUGAACGACAAGUAUGGGUCGAACAAAUCGGCGAUUUCCAAGUACAUUGAGUCGCAGUACGUAGAUCUACCUGCGGCGCACUCAGAUUUGCUUCCAAUCCACCUUAACAGGCUGAAGGAGAGCGGUGAACUAGUCUUGGUGAAGAACAACUACAUGCGGCCUAGUCCUAAUGCUCCUCCAAAGCGUGGCCGUGGCCGUCCGCCAAAGCCUAAGGUUCCUUUGCCGCCUGGUCAUGUUUCUUCUCCACCCAAAGUCUCCAGACCAAGGGGUCGUCCUCCUAAGCCUAGAGACCCUAACUCGGUUCCAACGCCUAAGAUUUCUUCUGGAAGACCCCGUGGAAGGCCACCCAAGAAGGCCAAACCGGCCGGAGCUGCAGCGACUGCUAAAACUGGUCCUCCGAGACCUCGUGGAAGGCCGCCUAAAGUGAGAGCCCCAUUUGCUUCGGCGGGUUUCGAUUAACCCUUCUUCAGUUGUAGUUUCACUUCUAAUUUUUUUCGAUCUCUUCUCCUCCUUUUUCCUUUUUCUCUUUUGUUUGGUUUUUAUUUAGGAUUUGUGUGUCUGUAAUAGGAUGUAUAUUAUGCAGCUUCUUUAAUUUCACUCUCAUGAGUAAUUUCAGAGACUAAUGGGAAUCAUCUUCAGAGUUUCUUUCUUCAA